AUGGGGGACAUCGCCUCCUUGUUAGCCUCCCAUGGAGGCCGUGAGGGGCAAGGCCUCUCCGAAAUCCUGAAGACGCUGCUGGGAGGGGACUGAAGCUUCCCCGCCUUGAUGGGGAGGGGGCGUCACGAGAGGGUUAUCUGGAUUUCCAGCCUGUAUUCUCCCCAGUGCCCACUCAGAACCCCUUGGCUCUAGGGAGAGAGAGAUUAAAGGUGGUGGGGGAGGAGCUAGGGUCAGGGGAGCGAUUGGGAUGAGGGGCGGAGCUGGAACUUAAGGACGUGGGUUAGAACUCAGAACGCCUGAGAGGGCAGCUGAAGGAGUGCGCGAGUCUGCAGCAGGUCCCACUAGGGGCGGGGUUAGGAUGCUUGGGAGGGGCCAGAAUUUUGGUAGGUGGAUCUAGAACAUGGGGUGGGGUGAGAGUGUGGGGGCGGGGCUAUGCCUGCGCUUGGCUCGGGGCUUCUAACUGGUGAGGCGGGGCCCCCGGUGGGGUAUGGUCAGAAUGCUGAGCUGAGGCUUGGGCAGUGUGGAGGAAAGGGGUUGAGCUCGGGCUGGAGUGCGUUGAGGCCAGAGGAGAAAGAGGGUAGUUCGGUUGCUGGAGUAGACGUAUUUGUAGAGAGAAAACUGAGACGCAGAUGAGGCUAAAGGAGGGAUGAGGCUUAAACCUAGAAAGGGGAUGUGCUUGGAGGUAGAGCUUGAUGCUUGGACGAAGUUCAUGUCCGGAAAGAGGACUGUGUUAGGGCGAGAGGAGGCAAGAUUAGAAGGCCUCUUGGUAGUGGUUGGCCAGAGAGGGCGGGCCUAUAUCCAGAAGGAGGCCCUCCGUUACCGGGUCUGACCAUGCCUGAUGGGGGGCGGAGUCGGAGGAGGGUGAUUUGGAACGCAAGGCGGGGCGGGGGUGGGGCCUGUUCGGGCAGCGGAGCCUGGCGGAGUGGGCUGUGGGGAUGAGGGGCACGAGCUGCGUGGGAGGUGGCGGCGAGAGCCCUGGCAGCGCCGGGCUGAGCGAGGGCCCGCGAGGCCGCUGGCUGCGCCUCGCUCCGGUCUGCGCCUACUUCCUCUGCGUAUCGCUGGCCGCCGUGCUGCUCGCGGUGUACUACGGUCUCAUCUGGGUCCCCACGAGGCCCCCAGCGGUCCCUGCGGGUCCGCUGCCCAGCUCGCCAUCCCUUCCGUGUGCCUCCCGCCCUGGCGCGCCGCCUGCCCCAGCGCCUGCCGCUGCCUCCAUCUCCUGCCUCCUGGGAGCCCCUGGAGAGCCGAGACCCCAGCUCCACCUGCCGCCAAGCCGCCGUCGCCGCCACAGCGACCCUAGCCGCGGCCCAAGCCGUCAGAUGUCCGGAGAGACUCUGGAGGCCGCGGGGGGAUGAGGACUCGGGUAACCCUCCUUUCCACCCCAAUCCGAACCAUCAGCCUUCGAGACCCUGGUGCUCCAUGCGGUGAAUGCGCCAUCUCUGAGUGGGCCCGGGCUCCCUCUUAAUGACAUCGCCCAGUGUCUCCGGAGCCAUCACUCUGAAGAAUGGCGAGCAAAUUGGCUCGGGGCAUCACUCCUUGCGGCUUCUCUGCUGUCAGGCCGGGCCCUCCACCAUCUGUCGGACCCCAUCCGGACUUCUGCCUCCUAUUCCUCCCCUCCCCCAUAGGAUUAUGAGCACAGACCCCACAGUUCACCCUUCUCCUCAUCUCUCUGAAUCUCUGUGUCUAUCUGUUCUUCUGCAAUAAACUCCAGCCCCGGGUGCCUCA